AUGCAGGAGCAUAUUAGACGAGCCCACCCCGAACACUACAUUUCGAAGCUCCCCGCUACCGAAGAAAGCUUCCUGCUCAUGAUCAAUACUCCUCCAUCCGAACGUGCUCCGGCUCAGCAGCAAAACUCUACUCCUGCUGUUCCCGCCCAGGGCACGGCUACCAAUCCACAGGGUGCCUCGAUGCCGCCAGCCGCGAGCGCUGCGGCUGCCCUGGCCCAGCUCCACGGCCAUCGAGCCGAACACGAAUGGGACUCUGAAGGGGUAAAGAUCCCGCCAGUCGAUUUCAUGAUUGGAAGGGAGAUGCUAAAACACCCGUGGCAACAGCAGGACUGGCACUCCGACACGGACGGUCGAAAGAUCCCCCGAUCCUCCAUCGAACUGCCUCCAAUCCACUUAACGGGCGGUGAUGUUACCAGCGAUCCCUUUUCUUCGGUGAAUUCGAAUAGGCCGAGAGACUUGCUCCCCUCGAUCCUUGCCAAUUCGCCACCGGGACGGUCGUCGACCCUGCCGCCUUUGCACCGAACUCUCGGGCCCAGCCGGCCUCGAAAGCAGUCUGUCACCAAACGUGGCAGGGAAGCUCACCACAAAAAGCAAAAGUCAAAAGGCUCUACGAAUGAUUGGUUGCGAAGGAUACAGAAUGAUGAACGCUUAAGACCGAGCUUACAUGAUCGGAAAGCGCUAUCAGCUGAGCCAUCCGCCGACUACGGGAAGCGUUGGGAAGAUCUAAUUGAUGCCGCGGAUCAAGCAGCUUCUGCCGCAGGUGAUAUAGACGAAGAUAGAACUCCUGUCCUGAUCUUAACAGGUGCCCCAGUCGCCAGUGUCCAUUCAUAG